CGUCCUGCAGGUGGCGCUGGACUUUAAUUAACCAAUCCGGCUGCACAGGAAGUACAGCAGCACCAGAGAAAUGUCUGCUAGUUAGCUGCUGGUUAGCACGUUUGGCCGACGCCUUCCUUAAAGCCAACAAAUUAAAAUCUCCAAUGCAGCAUUAUUUAUAAGUUAAUGCUUUUUCCGGGGUCAAUAUCAGGACAAUGUCGGACAAAAAGCGAAGAAGAGAGAAGGACGACCGACGAGAACACAAGAGGCACAAGUCCUCCAAACAGGAUCUGGAGAAACUCAAAACACACACCAAAAAACUCAACCAAGAAGUCCAGCAGCUGAAACACGUCGAGACGUUCUAUGAGAAGCCUCCACCAGGGCUCAUAAAGGAGCACGAGGACAAACCAGAGGACUGUAUUCCUGCUGAACCAGGAAAUGAAGAAGCAAGGACCUUCCUGGCAAGCGCCCCCACCAGGGGUCUGUGGAUGCCUCUGGGGAAGGAGGUGAAGGUGAUGCAGUGUUGGAGAUGUAAGCGCUACGGCCACAGGACGGGAGACAGGGAGUGUCCGUUCUUCAUCAAAGGCAACCAGAAACUAGAGCAGUUCAGAGUGGCUCAUGAAGACCCGAUGUACGACAUCAUUCGGGAAAACAAAAGGAAUGAAAAAGAAACCAGGAUCCAACAGCUGCAGCAGAUGCUUCAAGACACCACUUCCUCCAGUUCAGACAGCUCCUCUUCCUCGUCGGACCACCAUCGCAGCAAGAAAAGGAAAAAGAGGAAGGACAAAAAGAAGAAAGACAAGAAGAGAAAAGGGAAACGAAAGCACAAGUCCUCCAAAACCUCUGACUGCUCCGAUUCCGAUUGAGCGUUUGGAACAUGUGCUACAUGUACUUCUAUACCACAUGCUGUGAAAACAGGACAAGACUGCAUGAAGUAACAGCAAUGGUAGAUUAUACGCAGUAGUGAAGUGUGUGCUGCAGAGGGCCUCAGUAAGAACUGCACUCUGACGACCCCUUUAAGCCUUCUCUCUGCUGGUUGAGACUGUAAGUCCACUGUGACUUCUCCCAGCCGUUUAAUUCUCUCCAGGGUGACGACUCGCAUUUGCAUCCUCUCUCUGUUGGAUCGUAUAACACGGUGCCAUAUGGCCGCGCUGCUUAAGUAAGUUUGUGCAUGCGUGUGUCAAAAAGCAUUAGCCGCAUGCCUAAUGAAUCUUAAGUGAUAUGAAAUGAGCCCGCUGGUGAGAGAGAUAAUGUUCUUUUGCGGGGUCCAAUGAGAUAGCAUGUCAGCAAAUACAGCGUGUUAUUAAGAGAUUGUAUUUUCCACCAUACUUCUGAAUCCCUGCCAAUCUCGCUGGUAUUAAAUACUUUGAUUGUAGAGUGCGUUUAAUGCAGAGAUGUGGUGGUGGUGGUGGUGGUGGUGGUGGUUGGGGGGAACAGCCUGAAUUCGUGCAGUUAUAGUUUGUCUUCCACACAAGCCUGAAUGUUUGAAUGCUUGUGACUGUACAUAAAUAUUUGGAAUGAUUUGAGGUUGGAAUAUGCUUAUUUGCUCUGGGGGAAAAAAAGAAAAAAAAAAAGCCACAGAGAUGGGAAGGAAAGUAUGUGAAUGUGCCCCCUUAUUCUGAGAAUAAAGAUGGCUCUCUUUCUCCAAUGUUUACCCCGCUGAAGGCUGCAAAAACAAAGAUGUUAACUAUGCUGGCCUUGAAUUAAUGUGUACGAGACUCUUUUU